UUUCCCACUAAAAACGAUCAAAAUGGCUGAUAUGGCUAAAUUCGAAGAAGAAGUUAACAAGCUCAGAACUCUUGAAAAAGACCGCGAAAAGUACUUCACGAGUCGCCAAGAGAUGGAAAUGAGAUUAACUGAGAGUAAAAAUGUGAAAGCGGAGCUUGAUCUGAUGGAAUCCGACUCGAAAGUCUACAAACUCAUCGGAGCGGUUCUUGUUCGUCAAGAUUUGGAGGAGGCUCGAUCGACUGUGGAGAAACGGCUUGAGUUUAUCGACUCUGAGACCAAACGAGUGGAAGCCAGCAUCUCAGACAUUUCGAAGAAGUGUACGGAACAGCGAGACAAGGUGAUGAAUAUGCAAAAAAGCUUCCAGAUGAUGGCUCAAGCAGCAGCCCAAGCACAGAAGAAAUAAUCCAGUUUGUUCUAUGAAUCUCAUAUUUUUUGCUCUUAAUUUGUUAUUUUUUGCCUAUUCUUCAUCUCUGGUGUUUCUCCGAAACGAGAAGAUCACAUUAAUUUUUCUAUGAAAAAAAUAAGUUUCUUGUUUCGGGGAACCAUUUACAAUAAAUGCUUUCAAACUG